AUGGCAGGCGCCUCUCCCUGCCACGCCUUCCCCGUCAAGACCCUCCCCGUUGCCUCCGCCUCUCAUCGCCACCGUGACUCGCGCUCAACUCUUGCGGCGGCGAAUCUCCGCUCCCCAGCUCUGAAGCUCUCCUGCGACUUCGCGAGUGGCGUCUCGACGGGCAGCAUACUCCCUCGGGGCGGCGGGCGGGCGGCGGGCCUCCGGGCUCGCGCGGUCACAGACGACGACGAGUGGGGUCGGGAAGCCCCGGAUGGGCCUCAGGGCGCGGGCGCAGCGGUGGCGGAAGCAGAGGAAUCGGCGGCUGACGCGGUAAUCGGCGAGCUGAAGACGAAGCUCAAGGAGCUGCUCUACGGCACAGACAGAGGGUUGAAGGUGUCGAGCGAGACGCGUGCGGAGAUCGUGGAGCUCAUCACGCAGCUGGAAUCCCGAAAUCCCACCCCAGCCCCAACGGAGGCCCUCUCCCUCCUGAACGGCAAGUGGAUCCUCGCGUAAGUUUCCAUUUCUCCCGUUUCAUAUCUCCCGAGUUCGUUCGGUGUCAGACAAUUCUGAGGUUAGGAUCAGAACACCGAAGAAUGAACGACCUUUCGAACGGAUUCUCAAGUCUUCGUUGUCGUGAAUGGCGAACAGGUACACGUCGUUCUCGGGGCUGCUCCCCCUGCUAGCGACGAACAGGGUUCCCCAGCUGGUGAAGGUGGAGGAGAUUUCGCAGACUAUCGAUUCGGAAUCAUUCACGGUUCAGAAUUCCGUGCGAUUUGCGGGGCCUUUGGCCACCACCUCCGUCUCAACCAACGCCAAGUUCGAGGUCCGCAGCCCCAAGCGCGUUCAGGUGAGCACACUCACGCCUGUUCUUCUCCUUCAAUCUCGCUGGUUCCUGUGCAAACCGUCAAAUCUUCCUGCAAAAUUAGCCCUUUUGGUUAACAAAGGUUAAUUUCCACUGCGGCUUAAAAUCCAGAGAGUUUGACUCUCAAUUAGCUAGACUGACCGGACAGUGUCUAGAGCAAAUGGGCUGAAAAAUUGAUAGAUUGCAGUACUUUAUCUUUAUUGGCUUCUUCAUGCUGAAGAUUGCGGGAAUCCACUUUCCAAUCUUUUCUUCUUUUUUUUUCUCUCAAAAUUCAGUCGCUCUGUAGAAAUUCCUGGCUGGCAAGUGUUUCGUGUAUAUUCAUAUCGUCACCUCCUGGUCUCUUCACGAUGUCUGAAGAUUGUGACUCUGCUGUGGGUGUGCAGAUCAAGUUUGAGGAGGGAAUUGUCGGCACACCCCAGUUGACGGAUUCAAUUGUUGUGCCCGAGAAGGUGGAAUUUUUUGGGCAGAACGUGGACCUCUCUCCAUUCAAGGGCAUCAUCACGUCCAUUCAGGAUGCAGCAUCCUCGGUCGCCAAAAGCAUCUCCGAUCGCCCCCCUCUGAAGAUCCCAAUAACAAACACCAAUGCAGAGUCAUGGCUGCUGACCACUUACCUCGACGACGAGCUGAGGAUCUCGCGGGGUGAUGGGAGCAGCGUCUUUGUGCUCAUCAAGGAAGGUAGCCCCCUUCUGGAUUAA